AUGUCUGUCCUCGAAGUCGGCGACUCUUUCCCGGACAACGUGUCCUUCACCUACAUUCCCUUUACUCCCGAGAGCAAGGACAUUACCAGCUGCGGCAUCCCCAUCAAGUACAACGCCAGCGAGGAGGUCAAGAACAAAAAGGUCGUCAUCGUGGCCGUGCCCGGCGCCUUCACGCCCACCUGCCAGGCCAGCCACCUGCCCGGCUUCAUCCAGAACAUUGACGCCCUCAAGGCCAAGGGCGUUGACCAGGUUAUCGUGAUUGCCUCCAACGACCCGUACGUCAUGUCCGCCUGGGGCAAGGCCAACUACACCAAGGACGACUUCAUCAUCUUCGCUUCGGACUCGGAACUUGCUUUCAGCAAGGCCAUUGGCUGGACCCAGGGCGAUCGAACUGCCCGAUAUGCCAUCGCCGUCGACCACGGCAAGGUUGUCUAUGCCGCCAAGGAGACGGAGAGAGGCGUCGACGUCUCGGGAGCCGAGGCCGUCCUGGCCAAGCUGUAA